AUCGUCCGAGUUAUCUCCACGCGCUGGCCUGUGAUUUCCGUCUUCAACGUCACACAGUUGAUGGCACUUGCUAUGGUGGCACGACAUGCCAAUUAGUGCAUAUACCCAUGUCCAUUAUCGAUUUAAUUGGAAAUUAAGGUCAUAAAAGAAGAUGUACCCUGAUCAUUUAUACAGAUAAGCGAAGCCAAUUAGGAAUUUUGCAAACUGUGAAAACACAGAGAAGGGGAUGUCUGCAGCCACAAAGAGAAAACAUGUUGUGAAGGAAGUUUUGGAUGACUUUGUAUUGCCAGAGGGAUCCCAGCAAAUUGUUCGAGUGGUGGCCAGCAAGGGAAAUAACCUCCACGAGGUGGAAACAGAUGCAGGAACCAAAUUCCUUGUUAGCAUGCCAACCAAGUUCAGAAAAAAUGUAUGGAUAAAAAGAGGAGACUUUGUGAUGGUCGAACCUAUCGAGGAGGGGGACAAGGUCCGGGCUGAGAUUGUCAGCAUCCUGUAUCGGGAGCAGAUCAAGUACAUACAGCAGGAGGGACACUGGCCUAGCGGGUUCCAGGAUGGUGUUUCUGCCAAGUCAAGUAAGGGAAUGAUCCCAGACGACAUGCUACCGCCCAGUGAUAGUGACUCUGACAGCGAGCCGCUCGGGGACCGGGUGGUAAACAGCAACCGGCCCCCAGUAAACAUGCAGGAUGGGGCCUCUAGCAGUGAGGAGGACUGACAGGGAGAUAUACGCAGGACUCUACUGACUGUGAUAAUACUUGUUGUGGUGAAACAGAUCAUUAUUGGAGUUUUGUUGUAACAAAUGAAUAUAAUGAAGAUAUUUAAUCCAAAAUAGACCUUAAAUCAGGAUCUUGUUUUUUUUUACUAAUUUAGUAUGCCAUGGUGCAAUGAUCUUGAUAUUGAUGAUUUCAUAAAACUGUACUCGGUCAUCGAAAAAUAAUAGAAAAAAUUCCAGAAUCUGCACAAGACCAGAAAGUAUUUUAUCAGUUUGGAGCUUGUGUGCUUCGUCUAAUUUCAUUUACUGUGUACUACUAACAAUUAUAGUAGUAUUUUAAUGUAGUUCUUGAAACAUUUCCUGGACAGAUAAUUUACGUUUAAGACAUUUCAUUUUGUUUGUUGUAUUAUAUUUUUCAAAUUAAAGAGGUGUACAUGUGAAACUAUGUUUUAGUAAGGAGAUAAAAUCCCCCCCGCCCUCCCCAAGUCAUUGCAUUAAUUAUAUUGUUUUGUUGAAAAUAUUGAUGUCCUACAGUAUUUGUAGACAGUGCUCCUUUCAUGUUCUUAAUCAUUUACACAGGUAUGUUGUAUGCCAGUAAUUGCAAUAUAAACCAAUUUAAACCAACUGUA